AUGACACCUGGCAGGGGCAACUCUUCCAGUAUAAACACAGGGGAAAUGGUGUUGACCGCAAUUAAGAAACUGAUGAAAAACACAGGCUGGACUGCGCGCACCAUCAUCAAGUUUAUUAGAAUGGAGUAUCGUGUUGCUGAUCCAAAAAUAAGCCGAAAAGUUUCCAGGGCGUUAAAGCGUGGUGUGAGGCUGGGACUGCUGCAAAUGGAACAAGGUCGCUAUAGGCUCAAUGAAAUGUCUCGUCUGGCACAUUCUGUGAAGCCGCGCAGCCAGCGCCCGCGUAAGGCAACCAAGCAACGGGAACGCCCCCUAAAGGUGCGCAGUCGUACACCCUCCAGUGCAAGAACUGAUGACUACAGAAAUUGA